ACUCCGUUUUCGCACUUCGUCAUAACUAAGUGAGAAAAGGGAGCGGCGGGUACGGGGACCAGAUCUAGAUCGAAGCACCCAAAUCUUGUCACCGCACUUCGUGCCAGACAUUGACGGAGGAAUUCCUAGUCGUGUUUUCGCAGUGCAACGUAUAAUCUAAUUUUAAAACUAUAUAUCUGACAGCAUAAAUCCAGCCAUUCAUCUUGAAAUGGGAAAAAAUCCUCACCAUUGAUAAUCAAAACUCGGAGUAAGCUCUUGUGACAAUAUCGUGUGGGGAUACGGCGCUUCGAUCGUGAAUCACAAUUAACGCACUUGUCAAGGCAAUCGUUUCCACGCUGAGAGUGCAGACAUUAUAAGACAGGGGUUCCACAGGUAUUUUCAUUUGCUGUUAUAACGGACCUCGGUUUAUAAACGUCCAACAUGCGUCGGCGGUCACAUUUCUGGCUGAACAUCGAGGCAGGUUUGAUAUUUCUUGUUGCCGCUACUUUGGAUUGUGUUUCACCAUAUGGUUUCCACAGCAUGGGGAUUUCCCCACGAAAACAGAAUGACAUAAAGAUUGCGAGUCCUAGAGAUGGGCCAUACGGAAACGAGGCUAAUGAAAUACCCGGAUGGAAGAAGUUCCACUUUUGGAAAAGAAAAAGGAAUUAUUGGAGUGAAGACAAUCCCUAUUCUGGACAAAACCUUUUAGAUGAUCAACUUAAUAUGUUUGACUUAAACUCAGAGAAGUCGUUUAAUGAACCCCAAAACUAUGAUGCGUUUAAUUUAGUAAAUUCUCGGAGCCAAAAUGAUAUAUUUGAUCCAGAAUUGGUUUAUAAUGACAUUAAACCAGAACCAGAACUGUCCUCCAGUGGAUUAGGAUAUUGGAACCUUAGAAAGAUUUUACUCGCUACUGGAGAUGAUGACUUACCUACCGGUAUCCCAUCAGGCGAGAAAAAGGAAGGCUUUGCCAAACCUGGGGAUGGGUGUCAAAAGAGUAUAUCACUGAAGGGAACCACAGGGUGUAUAUUCGAAGAAGAUUGUAAUGAUUGCUAUGGCUUCGUGUUUCAUUGUGAAAACAAUUUCUGCGCACCAGGACCUCGACCUGCUGGAGGGUUAGAGGCAUUCAAUCUUGAGCGAUGAAGAUCUAACCAUAAGCAGAAUAGGACAUUUGUUUGAUUAGGUAUGACGGAUCACGGAAGGACCUCGGAAAUUGUGAUGUUGAAAGGAAUAUUUAUUUUUCGAAAAAGCCUUUUGACAACAGUUGUUGUUAUAACAAGGCAAUUUCUCCCAAACGAUUGUCCAUAACUGAAUUUUCUACACAAAGAUGUAGGCAAAAGCAAAACUUUUACCAAAGACACAUUCGUGUAUCAUUUGUUCAAACACGUGGUUCAGUUCAAAUAAAAUGAUGAGUGUUAACCCCUCUUCAAGUAUCUAAUUCAAAAUACAUGACCAAUUUGCAUUCAAUAGCUAUUUGACUGUUUGGAUGAUGGACAUAACGUUUUAUCAGGUAUACAUGUUACCACAAAAUUUCCUUUAACUGCCGAAUGCGAAAAUGUUGAAAUCGAGACCUGUUUUUUGUAAGCAUCAUUCUAUAAAGUUCUAUCAAUCCUAGGUAAGCAAAAGAAGUCAAUCAUAUAUGCAACGGUAAUCUACCGGGACAAUUGUUAAUUAAGAGUACAUAGCCACGUUGGAAAACUAGUGUGGUCGUGCUCAUGUUUGUGUACUAACUCAUGAUUGUUCCAAAGGCGUUUUUGAGCAGAAACAUAUUUCACAGUAGACCUAGAAUUGCAACAAAGCUGCAUAAUUAACAAAUAUUACAUGAGUUUAUUUCUGUUUGGGAAAGCAAAACGAAUAGAUAUUUAAUAUGUUCAUGUUUACUUCAGUUUAGUAUUUAGAGGGGGGAAAACACAAUUCCCCCACCCCAAGAUCACAUUUUUCAAUUGAUAACCAGGCGGUUUGUUGACUUAGUUUAAAAACUUUAUCUGGUACAUUGAUAUAUCUAAACCUGUAACCCUUCUAUCUAUGCUUGCAGGUCUAAGGUCGUCUAAAAGAGUUGAUUUGUGUUUAGAAACGGUAGAUGAAAUUAAAAAUGCUAAGUGUUGACACUAAUUCAUCGAUUGGAAUUCAUAUGUACUCUGGUCCAAAAUCAAAAUUCUACGACAAUGGGGCUUCAACACUCCUCAAACCGUGUAGAAAUUUGAUGCAUUUUAAGAAAAAAUAAAGAUGAAAAUAAGGGUUUUGAAAAGCAAAUAUAAGAGAUGGCGAUUCGGGAAUGUUAAAAUGUUUAACUGAUAUUCAUGAUCUUUACAUAUAGUGUAAAUUGAUGUUUAUAAUUUUAAGCAAAUGACAUACGCGUAUGUUUUAGAAUUAAAUGCUUUAAUCAAAAUGUCAUACAAUGAUCAUUAAUGAUUUUCAUUUUAGUUUUAGAUAAAAUCAACUGAUAGUGCACUUUGUAAAAGGAUAUUCUGCAGUUAAGAGAAGUGCAACAAUAUGUUUUCCAAUAAUUGUAUAAUAUGUCAAUUAUUUAUGUAAAAUCACAGUAUACAUGUAUGUUUCAGGUAAUAAGUUUAUCAAUAAAUGAAUCGACAAAUA